GAACCCCAAGUGACUAUGAGAACCAGCCCCUGAAGCACUGGGGUCAUAGUGUGCUGUGGGGUGAAGUAGUGCAGUGUGUGUGUGUGUGUGUGUGUGUCCGUGUCCGCGUCCGCCCGUGUCCGCGUCUGCACCUCAGGGACAUGAGUAAAAGGCGGAAAGAGGAGGGACCUCAAACACCUACUAGCAGAUGGGGGCUGGAGGGAGAGGGGCCAGGGAGGGGACAAGGGUCUCUCCAGGACUGUCCCCAAGAGGGCGUCCCUCAGGAGCUCAGUUUAGUGAGGGGGGUGGACCCUGAGUGACUUGCCCUGGCAGAGGCAGAGGGGCCAAGGCUGAGGGGCAUCUGGUGGGGUGAUAGGUCUGGCAGCAGCUGAGGGCCUCUGAGGUAGCCUCAGGCUCCAUCUUUCUGUCUCUGUCACACACACACAGACACAGACACACACACACACACACACACACACACUCACACACACGCAAGGUCCAAGAGGCCUGGCUAAGCUCUGUCCCUGGUAACCUGUGUUCUCACUGGGCCCAGGCAUAAUCUUGCCCUCAGAUCCCACUCACCCUUGCUGGGCCUCAGUUUCCCUGUCUGCACACUGAGGUGUUGGGCUGUGAAUGGACUGUGAAUCAUCGCUUCGGGAUCCUCUAUUGUUUUGGGGUCAACUGUCAACUGUCUCUGUUCUCCCCUACCUCCCUUCAGGCAGAAAGACUGCAGUAGGGGGUGGGAGCAGGCUGUCUGCUGGGGACAGAGUGGCCCAGGGCUGCGCCCAGGUGCUGGUGACGGGGUUGGAAGCACAGCUCCUCAGAUCACGCCGAAAAUUCUAACCCAUAGACAUUGACUUCUCUGGUGCCCAUCUCCUUUCUUCAGUUCCCUUCUUGGGGGGAGAGGGGGCAUGUUCCUGGGGGGCAUGAGUCGUCUCUGCUUUGGAGAGCUGGAGCAGGGCCUCUUCACCAUCUAGGCUAGACCCUCCUGAGGCCCCCACCCACACAAGAGGGUCUGUUGGGUUCAUGCAAAGUGGAAUGGAAAUCAGGCUCCCUAGCCCAGUAGAGGUGAGGAGACACCUGCUGAAGGAUCUGCACGUUCUCUCCUCUGCUGUCAUCCUCUGAAAAUGUUGAUUGCAUUCUGGGUCGGGGAGAUAGUUUGGGGAGACAGUGCCAGGUGCUAUGCUGAAUGCUUUAUGGUGUGCUCUCGUUGAAUCCUCACAGUGGCUCUGAGAUGUGAUGACUGUUUUUCAGAGAAGGAAACAGAACCUCAGAGAAGCGAAGUGACUUGCCCAAGGUCACACAGAGUCAGGACAGUGCCAGGACUGGAAUGCAGGUCUCCUGUGCCUGAAGCCCUGUAAGAUGCUUGGAGAGGGCCACUCCCCUUCCUAAUAUCUGCUCAUGGCUUCUCUGGGCUUCCUUCUCUCAAACGCAGGCUGGCAACAUGGCCUCGGCAGGGUGUGCCACUGUGAGUUCUGAGUGUGGUGUGCACGUGUCUAGAACAUCAGGGGUGGCUGGGUUUUAUGGUCUUCCUGUUCCUCCUCCCUCCCCCUAACUCUCACCUCCUAGCCAGAGGUCACCAGAAAGUCCUGUCUCCUGCCUUCUAGAGCCUGUAACUGGUUUGGGGAGCGUCCGUGUGGCUCUGAAGAAUGUUGGGAGUCAGCAGCAUAGCCCAGGCUCCAAGAGUGGCAGGAGAAUUGAGAGUCCCACUUGACCUUCACCAUACCUGAGAGGCCCUGUGCCCCCGCUCAGAGUUGUUCUAGGGGCACUUUCCCCAGUCCACCCACACACUGCGGGGGUUGAGGGACAGGCUAGUAGUGACCUUGAGCUUGUGCCUACCCGCUCAGGGCCUCAGUGUCCCCAUUCUUCCCUGAGGCCCCUGCUAGCUCUGCCCACUGCUGCUGCUUUGCUGAGAGCUGGAGCUGGGGAUCUGGGUGUCCCUCUGUCCUCUCUGGAAUGACUAGAGUUGUGCUUCUUGGGGCUGAUCAGAAUAGCUGUCUUGGUCUCCUGGGGCUGAGCCUGAGUUAUUUCCAUCCCCAGCAAAGAGGUGGAAAUAGCUCAGGGCCCUGGAAGGGGAGGGAGAGGGGAAGGGUUAACCAAGGGUUAACCUCCUCUUCUGGUCCCAGCCCCACCCUGUGCCCUGCCCAAGCCAAACCUUUUUGGGAACUUGUGCUGCCUGGACCACAGGGAUGGUGGUGGGGCCCGGCUGGGUUUCCAGUGUGGCCCCAGUUGGGACUCAUGUGACAGUUGCUGGAGGCAGGUGCCCAUUUCUGGUCAAGGAGGGGAAGCUUUCAGCCCCCUUCCCCUGCUCAUAGGGUCAGCCUCAUUUUACAGAGGGAGAGACGAGGUUCUGAGAAGUGCUGGGACUUACCAAGGCCCCGCACAACCCUGAUAUUCUGGCUCUCACCCUCCAGACAGGGAACCUACCUUCUGUCCUGCCACACGUCCCCCAGAAGACUGGACGUGGCCCAGGACUGGAAGCAGGCCUGAGACAUGCCUUUGCAAAAUCAGGGCGUCUCUUAUGUUCCAGCUUGGGCCUUGCUGUCCUUGCCCAAACUCCUGUAUUGGCCUCUCUGCCUCCGUUUCCAGUUCUCUCACACACGGUGCCAGAGUGGCCUCCCUAAGGUAACUUGUACUGUUUGCCUGCAAAAUAUAGUCCAGACUCCUCAUCCUAGCAUCGAGGUUUUCCUUCCAGGAGGACCCUUUUGAACUUUACAUUUUCACCCUCUUCCUUCCCUACCAGAUGCCUUGGUUGUACUCUGCCUUUGCAUUUGCUGUCUCCCCUUUCUAGAACCCUCCUGACCAUUCAGGGUACAGCCCCAGCCCCGCUGCCUCCCCCAGGAAGCCCUCCCAGCCCAACGUUAGUCCUUCUUCAUUGUGUGGUCCAUGUGCCACAUGUCCCCCCUCACCUCUGGGAAUAGGCACAGGGGUGGGGUCCUCAUGGGCACCACAUGCCCAGUUGGGUGGGGCCGGCCUGGCCAACAGCCUCUCCUCUCCCGCUGCCAUAUCUGUGUUGGCCAGGCCUCUUCCUGAGGAAGGGCAGCCAUCGUAGGCUGAGGGCCUACUGUGUGUUAGGAUGCACAGGGAGGUUGGUACCCAGGGGUCUCCAGUGCUCCCGAGUGUGUGCUGGGGGUUAGCGGCGAAAACUCAAGGCCACUCCUGUGCGUAGGGGCCAGUUUGGUGCUUGCCCUGGACUCCUCAGGCAAGGCUCUCAUUCUGGGCCAGCAGAGGACGCUCCCCCCUGAGGCCCUAAUGUGUGUUAGGUCCUGGGUGCAGGGCUCCAUGCAGCAGCACUGGCAGGGCAUCCCUUUCCUUCCAAAGCUGCUCAGUGGGGAGCCCAGACUCAGAGGGCAGAAGGGUCCAGUCCUAGUCUGAGUCACACAGUCACUGGUGCUGGAGUCUGGCACUCAAGCUCGUGCCCAGCCCCCAGCCCCAUCUCCCACAGGCGCCAGGUGGGAGGCGAGGGUUGUCUGACAACUCUGGUGUCAGUUUUCAAAGAAGGACCAGGCUGGCUACCUGCAGGGGGAGGAGGAAGUGGUGGUAGGGCUGCUCAGGCCCACUCCCUCCGUUAUAGGGCCAGCCCUUCUGCCAGGUUAGGCAGGAGGGCUGGACCAGAGGGGGAGGCAUUUUGCCUGAGAUCAGCCAGCAGGCCCCCCCCCGCCCCCGCCCAACCCCAACUCAGGAUUGGGACAUGACCUCUGGCAGACCUUAGCACCCAGUUGGGGUGGCAGGGAAGACUGAGGUGCCGAUGCUGCAUCCCUGCUGUGUGUUCAGCCCUGGGUAGGACCACAGGCUGCUCUCAUCCGCAGCCUCAUGCCCAGGUCAUCAGCAGCCCCGUCCAGGUACAGGCAUUGAGAAGAGGGCCCAGAGACGGGAAGGGACUUGCAGGACUCCAGCGUCACUGGGAUCCUAACCCAGGUAUGUUUGCCUGGAAGGCCAGAGCUUUUUCCGAGGCCACCCUGGGAAAGAUGAGUGCUCUAUAAAUAAACUGCCCAUGUGGCUGUGAGCGUGUGCCCUGGCUACUUGACACAGGAGAGGGAUGGAGGGGCCUCUGCAGCCAAUUAGAGGCAGGGUCUGAGUGUGUGGUUGGAGGGAGAAGGAAGGAGGGCUUCCAGAAGGAGGGGCCUAACUUGGACCUGUACACCCUCACGGUAAGAAGGAGCAGUGAGCACAGGGAUGGAGCUGUGCCCCACCUCCUGCGUGCACUUGCUUGCCUCCCUCCCUGAAGGGGACCUCGAACAAUGAUGGCUGAAGGGGCCAGGAGAGGGGCGGGUCCACCCUGACAGGGAGGCUGGGAAGGCUUCCUGCAGGAGGUGGCACCUGGGCUGAGGCCUGAUUGUAAGAAGAGUCGCUGUUCCCUGAUGAACCAUGGAACCUCCAGCCAUGCCAAGAGGUCAGCUGGACAGGCACAGUUGUCCCAAAUCACAGAGGCGGAAACAAGUUCGGGGAUGUAGGGCUGGGUCCUGACUGCUCAGCACCCCUCGCCUUCCUGACUGUGGUUUCAGUUGGCGUGGGAGCAGGUGGACACAGGCCUGUGUAAGGGCUGGGAAAUGGGCACCCAGGGUCCACCUGGCGAGUCCAAGACUCAUCCACCCCUGCUGCUGGGACUGAUGUUGGGUUCCCCAAGCACUCUUGCCUGCUCCUGAGCCACUGGGUGACCUUCGUUGGAUGCUGCUUGGUUCUGAGCUUGGCUCCUCCUCUGGCCCUUGUGGGCUGUUGAGGACUGGUGCUCAGGAGAGGCCUGGUCAGGCCAGGCGCUGACCAGUAUUACUUACAGUGGGCUCCAUUUAUCCCCUCAGCAUCCCUGGAGACAGGGACCAGAACCCCUGUUCGCAGGGGUGGACCCUGAAGCUCAGGGUGGGUAAGUAACUUGCCCAAGGUCACAGAGCUCCGAAGUGAUGAGCUAGAGCUUGAACCCAGGUGUGACUGCUCCGGGUCCAGGCUUCCCCUCAGGCUCUGUUCAUUAGGGCCUGACCUGGAAUUGCUGGGGUCAGGGGAAUCUCUUUCCCCCAGCACCUGGAGUCUGGAGGAGGAGUCGGAGGACGGGGCAGGCUGGGCCUGUGAUCUCCCCUCAGUCUCUCUCAAAGCCUCCCCAGGUCAGCCUGGUCGGGGCUGAGCAACUCUGGGCGCCCUGGCACAGUAGUGAUCGGUACAGAUUCGCGGCCGGGGCAGGAGGCAAAGUGGCUUCUCGGAGGAGAAGGUAGCAGUGGCGACAGCUGGUGGGCAGUGGGGUGUCCUCCAGCCCUCCUAGUGCUUUGCCGUCCUGUCCUGGGCACUGGCGCGGCCUCCCUGCAGGAAAGCUCUGGUUCUGAGUGCUUGGGUGUGGGCUGGAGCAGGGCAUGUGGGAGCAGCGGGAAUGCCAGGUCUGGGGUGGCAAGAGCAGGGGCUGCCAGCUGCCUGUCCCCACUCCACAUGGGAAACCUUGUCUCCUUUCAGACUAAGUGGUUACAGGGUACUACUCUGAGUCUCAGUUUCCUCAUUUGUGAAGCCUGGAACCCUGUCUUUGAGGCCUGGUAAGGGAAUGGGCAUGUAGUACGUUCUUAGUGAGGGGUGUUGGGGACCCCCAGCUCUGCCUCGGAGACGACUGUCUAGUUUGGGCCCCUGCCACACCUCCCAGCCCCAGGCUUAGGCCAGGGAGGGGGCAGGGGUUGCAUCUGCACCCAGACUGGGAGGGGCUGAGUGGGCCCUGUCUGGCUGCCUCAGCCCUUUUCUUAGCCUCAAGGGCCAAUUAGCCCACUCGGCCCCACCUCACACCCCUGAGCCUUCUAAGCCCAGGCCUGGUGGGGGGCCAGGGAGCAGCUGCUGCUUGGUGUGCCUGGAGUCCUCACCCCAGGGUUGUGACCUGGGAGAUCUUGGCUGCCUGAGGCUGGGCUGGGGGUGGGAAUGGGGGAGCCCUUCUCACUGAGUGGCCCUGAGGCAGCCUCUGCACAUCUCUGGGCUCCCAGCCCCUCAUUAGUCCUAGGGAGCUGGGCUCUACCCUGGGAUCUUCCUCUUCCCCCUCCUUUCCUGGGCUUCCUGCUUCUCACAGGUCCCAGUGCCUUUUCCUACUGGAGCUGUGGUAGACUAGGGCACUAUGCAUGCAGGAAACCUCAGAGGCCCCAGAGACCCCCAUGGCGGCAGUACCUCCUUCCCUGGCGCCUGCCCGCGCGCUUUGUAAUAGUCUUUCAGGUGAGCCGCCUCCUGUGUGCCGCCAGCUCCCUAGUCUGUGCCGUCAGGUUGGCAAACGCUCAGAACAUCUGUUUUGCGCCAGGCCCUGGGCCAGGCUCCUGGGUAGGAGGGGCCAGAGUGAGGUGGGAAGCUGUCAGGUAGGCCUGGGCUCCACCCCUGCUUUACCUCCCCCUGGCUGGGUGACCUCAGUUACCCAGGGGUGAAGCAGGGACGCUCACCUCUCCUGUGAGGAGUGGAGGCAACCCAGGAUGAGGGCCUGGCCCGAGGCGAUGGGAGUCUGUUCCCUUCCCUGUGAGGGGAGAGGAUGAAAGGGAGGCAAUGCCUAGCUGUCCUCACUACCCCCCACUGUGGGCACUGCCCUACUUCAGCCCCAGUUGCCAAGGAACCACUGGCUUCCUUGCUAACCUGGAUUUCUCUAUUGAUGGGCGGCCUUUGUCUUCCUGCCUAGGGUGCAGCCACUGCCGAGAAAGGCCUGUGUCCAGCUGUGUUUCCAGGCAACCUUAGCCCCUGGAGGCUGCAGGGAGGUCCCCAGGCCGUCAAGCCACUGGCUGGGAAACAGAAAUACCUGCCCCGCACCCCCUGCUCCAGGUGGCUACCUGCUUCCCACCUCCAUCUCCCCAGCCCUGCCUCACUUGGCAGGCAGCCCGGCAAGCCCUCUGAGAUGCAAGUUGUUCCACACCUCUCCCUCCCCCGCUAACCCUUCAAGGCCCUGGGGGAAAUGCAGCCUUCUCAGCUUGCGGCCUAAGCUUGGUGUGACCUGGGAUCUGCCCACCAACCUUUCCUCUCCCUUCCUACACCCUCCCAAUCCCCCAGAUUGUCAGUGUGUAUCUUCGGGCACCUCUCGUGUACCAGGCUCUGCGCCAAGCAUUGUACGUAAAUAUAAGAGAAUCUUGUUUGUACCUCGUACCUCCCAUCGAAUAUGUGCCAUAACCCCCUCCACGAUUUACACGUGGGGAACCUGAGGCACGGUGAAUGCUUACUGAGGGCCUACUCUGUGUCGGGCUCUGUGCUGAGCAUUUGAUGUGCGUUCUCUCGGCCUCACAACAGCCCUCUGAGGGAUGGGGAAUGGGGGUGGGGUCCACAGCCACCGAGCCAGUGAAGAGCAGAGCAAGGAAGGCUGGUUCUCCUCAAGUCAGGCAAGGGCUUCAGAUCCGGGUUCAGUCCCCCACCCCGAGCCCAGCCUCUAGGCUUCUUAAUCGUCAGCCUGCUCCCUGGCCCUCUUGACCUUGGGAGAAGGUGGACCCUCUCCUGAGUGCCUUUUCUGAUCCCCCUGGUUCAGCACAUACCUAUUCACGUGCUGGGCACCCGGUACGGGGGCAGCACGUCAGCGGGGAAGGGGUGGGUGCGUAGCCUGGUCACACCCAGGGCGAGGACUGCACAAGUGAGGUGGUGGUUGGGGGCCAGGAGGAAGUGACUUUGAGCUGAGCUCUGAAGGAAGGGUAGCUGUCAGUAGGGUGAUGGGAGGGGUUUCUGGGCAGAGGAAACAGCAGGUACCAGUGCCAGGUGAGAGAGGCAAGUGUGGGGGACAGAAAGCAGCUCUCAGUGGCUGGAGUUGCAGGGAGGGACAGGGGUCAGAUCUGGGUGUUGAGACGCCUAAGCUGCGGGGGGCUGAAGUGGAGGCCAGGGAGGAGGCCAGGGGGCAGGCGAGGGGUGGGGUGAGCAUGGAGCUGCGGGAGACCCUCGGAGGAGGCCACCGCGGAGGCGGGUGAGGCUGGAGAGGGAAUGCGCGGAGAUGGGGCCCCAGGCUGGGGCCGGGUGACCCCAUGAGCUUCAGUUCUGGGAAAGGGGAAGCUGCUGAGGCCUGAGGAGGCCCGGGUGGUGACACAGCUUCCUCUUUCUCUGAGGACUCUGGGGCUGCGCCUCCCUGGGGCUCUGGCAUCUCCUGCUUGGGGCCCUGGUCUCAGCUUUGCUAGUUGGCUUUCUUCCAGGGAAUUUCUGGUUCUAAUGGUUUGGGCAUUUUUUUGGAGGGUGGGGAUGGGCUGAGUGUGAGGAGCCCCUCCCCCUGCCCCACGCCCCCGUGAACCUGUUUUCUGGAGGCCUCCUGCUCCAGACACUGGGGCAGGGUUUUGUGGGGAGUGAGACAGACAUCCCUGCCCUCGCUGCUGUCUGGUGGAGGGGGGCGGGGGCAAGCAAUAAACAAGUAAGCAAACGGUUAUAAGCCUUGGUGGGAGGUGCUGAGAGAAAGAAGGGGUGACAGGGAGGAAGUCACAUGACCUACAUCAGGCUCGUUACCUCAUUUAAACCUCAUGACAGCCUUGCUCUGGGACAUAAACAUCCCCAUCUUGCAGGUGAGGAAACUGAGACCCAGCAAGGUGAAGCAGGGGCUCUGGUCCCCCAGGGAGCUGGUGACAGUGGGAACAGGCCCCAGGCUGAGAUUUCAGGAAGGAGUGGCCUCUAAGCUAACUUCCUUCUCUGCCCCUGGGGCCUUGAAGGGUGGUUCUCCUCUGCCAGGAGCCCUGAGGCCGGAGAAGACCACCACCACUGCCCAUCUUUGACAGCCCUCCCCCAGGAAGCCCUCAGGAGGUGCCCCAAGGUGCAGGGCUUUGGAAGGUCACUGAUUGCCCUGCCUCCUGGAAGGCAGAGGGCUGGGGAUGGAGCCUUCUCAGUCUCCCCUCCCCCAGCCAAGGGGCUUGAUCUGAACUUGCUGUUCAGUCAGGGCUCCAGGGCUCAGAGCAUAGGUGCUGGAGGCUGGGUGGGGAGAAGGCGUAGAGGGGAGUCAGAGCAGCAGGGGUCCACGUGCGUGCAGGGGGUUCUGGGUGGAGGCCAGCGGCUGCCUGACUGAGCAGGUCCUCUGGGGGCUCAGGCUGAUUGUGGGGGCAGGGGGAGCUGCUGUAAGCAGAGACUCGGGCAGCCAGACUGGAGUAAGUGCUGGUUUGGGGUAAUUAGAAGGCACAUAAUUAGAAGGCGUCAGGGCGCUAGGCCGCGAGCGUCUGUGCCUGAGUGGGCCCUCGCUGGCUUUGAGUCUGGGCCUUUGGACCCCACUUUCCUCCUCGAAGUCUUGAGACCAUAGCUCCCCGUCUGUCUGGAGGUGGGCAGCUGCACAGCCCCUCCCUGUGAGCUCAGGUCACCCAGCAGGUGCCAGUCACGGCCAGGGGUGGGACUAGGGGGGAGUCUCUCCUCGGUGGACGUUGGGUCUCUUACUUUCCACCCCUGCCCCAGCUCUCUGGCCCACCCUGGGGAUAUGGACGGGUGCUGGGUCUGGGGGCUGGACAGGGCCACGGGGCCAGCCUGAGGUCUUGGGGCUCGUGGUCAAGUCUGUGGGUGAGCUCCCAUGAAAAACCAAGGAGGGGGCCAUGGAGAGAUGGGCUUGAGUAGGAACUGGGCCUGGGCAGGGGGACACUUGUGACCAUGUUGGAGGAGGGACCGGUGGAGGAUGGGCCAGAGGAUGCCACCUGUUGGGUGCUGACUGCCAGGGUGCAGCCUUCACUCUACUCUGUGGCUGGACCUUCUGUCCCAGGUUUUCCCCUGAGCUGGCCUUGGGCCGAGAGCCACUGCCAGUGACCUGGAGAGUCCCGAGGAUAGUGUGACCACUGCCCCAGCCCCUCCCCUGGGUGUAAUUCAAACCCCUGGCCCGCCAAGGUCUGUGCCAGGCCAGGCCCACAGCGCAGCCGGAUCAGUUUCCUCCGGCUCCUUUUCCUGGUGGGAAGUCCGGGCCGCCUGUAGGCCAAGGGGCUCUCGGCUCUUCCGUGACCUGGGGUUUAAUGCAGGCAGUGCUUCUCCUGCCAGGCUGGGCAUCAGACAGCCCCGGGGUUCCAGGCAGGGCCCCCUCAACAUGCUGGGCUUGGCUGCUCGAGGCUGCCCCUUGGGGGUCAGAGGCUGCCUGUGGCCUGUGCCUGAGGCCCUCCACGUACACUCCUCCUUCACCCUCCUGAGCCUGGAGACAGGCCUCCUGGAAAGAGGUCAUUGAACUCCCUUAUUCUGCCACUAUCCCUUUUGUGCAAUCCAAAUUCUUCUUCCUGCUCUUCCAACCUCGUCCUCUGCUGGAGACUUUUCUACAGAGGAGGCCACACCCUUGAGCCUGGGGGCUCAGCCUCAGGCCUGUGCCUAUCACCCUCUGUGCCCUCACAUGCCUUAUUUGGUUUCUUGGCACUUCCCUCGCUCUGGCACGGGGACGCUCACUGUUUAUCUGUUGGUCGUUGGUCUCCCCUGGGGUGUGAGUUCCCUGAGGACAGGGACAGCGCCUGUCUUGUUCAUACCUUUUCCCGUGCUGAGGGCAGUGCCCAGCACACAGCAGGUGCCCAAGAGAAGACAGAAGGCUUGAAUGCUGGCUGCCACUCCCCACCCCUGCAGAUCUGCCCGCGGCUCAAGAGAUGCAGUCAGACACAUCCCAGAUCUCUGGAGAAGUCUGCCAGGCGGGACCGUGGGACCCGUGGGAGGACCAGCACAGUGAUGGGGUUGGGGUGGGGGAGCUUUGGGGAAAUGGAAGUCUAGAGAGGCUUCCAUAACAAGAGGCCUUUGUGCUGGGCUUUGAAAUGUGACAGAAAAGGCCUUUCUUGGAGCAGAAACAGCAAGAGUGAAGGCAGAGAAGUAGGAGAGGCGGGCAUGCUUGUGCGCCCCAAGGAGUUCUGAGAGGCAGGAGCCUGAGAGCUGGGGAUGCAAGCGGGGAGGCCGGGCGUGGGGUCGCUGUCAGCGCUCUCGUUCCUCCCACCUCCCGGGGCUGAGGCUGUAGGCUGUAGGCUUCCUUCCUCCCCUGCUCCCCUGCCAGGGCCUAGGGCAGCUGGCUGUUUAUGGAAGAGGCAGGAAGCCCUUCCUCCACUGGGAAGCUGCCCUGGGAGGCUGGCCCCAGAUAGGGUGCCCCCACCUCUGCUAGGGCCUGCAGUGGACCAGAGGGCAGGGCCGGUGAGCGUAGGCCAAGCCGCCCCAGCAUUCUGCCUGCCCGGUGACACCUCUCGAUGUUCCCGUCCAGCCCCGUCCUGGAAGGAGGACUGCAGCUGCCUGCCUGCCUGCCUGUCCCAUCCCCGUCUGAGCCUCCCCUCCAUCUGCCUGAGGCUGGCGACCCACUGGGGCUUGAGGAUGAAGCUGAGCCCACCGCACUGGCCCCUAUCCUGCCUCCUGGUGCUGUUGCCCUGGCCUCUGGCCACUGCAACAUCAACAACCCCUUGGCCGUGCCCACCCGGCGAGGAGCCCAACCUGGAACCAGGGCGGGGCACAUUAUGCAGGUCCUGCCCCCCAGGCACCUUCUCAGCUUCCUGGGGCUCUAGCCCUUGCCAGCCGCACUCGCGCUGCAGCCCUCAAGGGAGGCUGGAGGCCCAGGUGGGCACGGCAACUCGAGACACACUAUGUGGAAACUGCCAGCCUGGGUGGUUUGCCCCGUCAGAGGUCCCCCAUGUUCCCUGUCGGCCGUGCUCCUGGACACCCCUGGGUACUCGCGGCUGUUACGAGCGGGGGCGACGGGCCCGACGUGGCAUGGAGGUGGCAGCAAGGGCGAGCGGCGCAGGGGAGACGCGGCAGCCUGGGAACAGCACGCGGGCGGGCAGCCCCGAGGAGACAGCUGCCCAGUACGCGGUUAUUGCCAUUGUGCCCAUCUUCUGCCUCAUGGGGCUGCUAGGCAUCCUGGUGUGUAACCUGCUCAAGCGGAAGGGCUACCACUGCACGGCCCACAAGGAGGUCGGGCCUGGUCCUGGAGGCGGAGGCAGCGGGGUCAACCCUGCCUACCAUACUGAUGACGCCAAUGAGGACACCAUUGGGGUCCUGGUGCGCCUGAUCACAGAGAAGAAAGAGAAUGUGGCGGCCCUGGAGGAGCUACUGAAGGAGUAUCACAGCAAACAGCUGGUGCAGACCAGCCACAGGCCUCUACCCAGGCUGCCGCUGGGCCCACCCAGCAUGCCACACGUCUGCCCGCAUCGCCACCACCUCCACACUGUGCAGGGCCUGGCCUCCCUCUCUGGCCCCUGCUGCUCCCGUUGUAGCCAGAAGUGGCCCGAGGUGCUGCUGUCCCCCGAGGCUGCAGCUGCCACCACUCCUACUCCCAGACUCCUGCCCAACCCGGCCAGGGUGCCCAAGGUCGGGGCCAAGGCAGGACGCCAGGGCGAGAUCACCAUCUUGUCUGUGGGCAGGUUCCGUGUGGCCCGAAUUCCUGAGCAGCGGAUGAGUUCAGUGGCCUCAGAGGUGAAGACCAUCACGGAGGCCGGGCCCUCAGGGGGUGAUCUCCCUGACUCCCCACGACGUGGCCUCUCCAGUGAGCAGCGGACACUGCUGGGAAGUGGUGGAAGCCACCCUAAAUGGCUGAAGUCCCCAGCAGAGAACAAGGCUGAGGAGAACCGCUAUGUGGUCCGGCUGAGUGAGAGCAACCUGGUCAUCUGAGGGGCUGUCUCGUCUGAGGAUACUGCAGCCUUGCCCUGGGAGGCUCCGAAGGCUUCCUGGAGGAGGUAGAGCUGCAGCUGAGCCAGUGAGGAUCCAGAAUGGCCCAGCAGACAGAACAGCCAAGGCCAAGGCCUGGAGGUGGGAGCGUCCACCCCAGUGAGGAGGCAGGCCAGCGUGCCGGCGGGUGCUGUGUGCAGGAGCAGGUUGAGAGCCCCUCCCAUCCCUGCCGCCCAUUUCCUUCCCUGCAGGAUGUCCCUGAUGCCGUGCCCUGCCCUGGCUGGAUCCUAGGAGCCCACAGGGUCCUCUGCACCGCCAGGUGGCUAGGCCUCAGUGGUGGGGAGGGGCCCUCUACCUGGCACCCCUGGCCCCAUGCCUUAGUGAUGAGCCACCCCUUACCUCUGUAGAGGGGACCUCCCCCUCCUUCCUGACAGGUCCUGCAAAGGGAGGGGUCAACAAAAAGCCAUGAGCUAGGAACUGGGUUCCUGGGUUCUAAUCCUGGGCAAGCCCCUGGCCAUUACUGGGUCCCAAUUCUUCUGACUGUGAAGCGGGGAGAGAGUGGCGCCUCGGUGCCCAGGGCCUUCCUGCAUCUUGCAGGCUCUGGGCUGGGUCAUGUAGAUGGAGAACUUGACCCCUUGCCACCCCUCCCACUAGUUUUAUCUGGCCCCGUUUUUUGCUGCUUCAGGGCCACCACCUUCAAGGCUCCCAAGGGGCUGCCCAUUCAUGGCUCUGCCUACAGAAGGGGCAUAAUGCACGUGCCUGCCCCUGACCCUGCUGUUUUUAUUGAAAUUGAAAAAACAGACUUGACCUGGGCGGGGCUGUGGUACAGAGCCCCAACCUGCCCAGCCACCCACAAGAUCUCAGGCGCUUUGGAGGGUAAGGGGUGAGGCCUCUGGCCUCGGUGGUUUCUGUGUCCCUGUGGUAUUGGUGUGUCCGUCCCCUGGCCUGGGCAGUGCGGGCGACUGCCUAGCCCGCGUCUCCACUCUGGCUCAGCAACCUCGUUAUUUAUGUGGGGCUGUGCAGGCAUGGGCCCACUGCUGUCACUGUUUCUCUUAUUUAUUGAAACUUUGCUGUUGUCCCACCCUUGUGUCUCCACACCCAUCCAUUUAUUGAAUAAUAAAAGGUGGGAAAGUAGUGUCAUGAGGCGCUUCUUUUUCCCUGUGUCUCUU